AUGGCUGCCGCCAAUGGCAUUGCUGUGGCCAUCGAGCGGUUCUACGAAGCGCGCAAACCAGAUGAUCUCCUACCGUUUUGCUGGCGGAAUCAGGAUUGUGGCAGCUGUCUUCGUGCAGCAAAUUUUUGCAGUUGGUGUGCAUCUUCAUCUACCUGCGUGCCGAAUACCUCUGCCUUUCCUCUCCUUGCUCCCUUGACGAAUAGCUCGAUAUGUCCUCUCGGCGCCAAAGAGAGAUGGGAGAUACGUACUCGUCCGUUCGGAUGUGCAGUUAGCGCCGCUUCGUUCCUUACAUGCAUUGUCUCGGUGAUAUGUACGCUAGUUCUCGUAGCUGCUGCGUACCUUGCGUAUCAGAUGUGGAUGGCGAAGAAGGCUGAAGAGGAACAGCAGCAGCAGCAGGAUGGAGGAGAUGGGCAGCUUGGGGGUGAUGCUUACGGCGCUGGAGGAGGGUAUGGCGGUACCCAGUUUGGAGGAGACGGAGGCGCAGAAGGGAUAGGCGAGGUACUUCCUGGUAUUGUGGGCUGGAUGGGACAGGGACAGGAGCAUAGAGCGCCAGAAACGAUACCGGAGGAAGACGAGGAGCAGGAACACGAUGAGCGCUCCCCUUUGCUAUGA